UUUUUUUUUUUUUUUUUUUUUUGCAUAGAGUUUCACACGCGAUCGAAAGGCCACGGAGACAUAAAGGAACUCAGAGCACUGCUUACCUGCUCUUAGGUGUGGGGGUGACUGGGGGCCCUUACUUCACUGUCACCUGGGGUUUUCUUUGGUAUCAGGGUAUCGGGUUGUUGCUUUAUUUCUUUUCUUUUCUUUUUUUUAACUUUUACUUCUGUAUUUUAUUUUAAUUUUUUUUUAAAAAAUGACGGUUAAUCCUGAAUACCUGGUGCUGCUAUUCACCACGACGUCUGGCGCGAGCGGAGAGCUGUUAGGUUCAGACGAGAAGGAAAUCGUUCAGCUGGUGUGGCAGGUCUUGAAUUUAAGCACUAAAAAGACCGGUGCAGUGAAUGAAGUGCUGGUGAAGCCGGAGAGUGUGGAGCUGACGGAAGAGUGCAGGGAGGAGAGCGGCCUCACUGAGGAGGCCCUUUCAGCUGCUGCUCCUCUGGAACAAGCCCUCAAUCAGUUUAACCAAAGGUUGCACUCAGAAAUAAGCACAAGUUCAGGGAAUUCCUUCUGCCUCUGCACGGAUGGUCAGCUUCACCUGCGUCAGGUUUUGCAUCCGGAGGCUUCCAGCAAGAACAUCCCACUACCUGAAUGUUUUUUCUCAUUUUUUGAUCUGCGGAAAGAGUUCAAGAAGCAUUUCCCAUCUGCGGCUGAUCUGAAGGACUUGGAUCUUAAGUUUAUGGCAGAUUACCUGAAUGUGAAGGUGGAUUCUGGUAAUAACUUUACUGCGCUCAAGGUUCAUCAGAUGUCCAGCAUUGCUCUAGCACUCAUCUCUGAGCCUGUCUGUCAAAUGUUCUCGUGCCCUGAGAAAGUGAAUGAGAAGUUUGAAACUGGUACCUGCAGCAAGAUGGAGCGGAUAGAUGACAAUACUGUGAUCAGGGCUCGAGGUCUUCCCUGGCAAUCCUCAGACCAGGAUGUUGCACGCUUCUUCAGGGGUCUCAACAUUGCCAAAGGGGGUGCUGCUCUGUGCCUGAAUGCUCAAGGCAGAAGGAAUGGUGAGGCACUCGUGCGGUUUGAGAGUGAAGAACACCGGGACCUGGCACUGCAGAGACACAAACAUCACAUGGGCUCAAGAUACAUUGAGGUUUAUAAAGCAACUGGUGAAGACUUCUUAAAGAUUGCAGGAGGCACCUCUAAUGAAGUUGCAAAAUUCCUGUCACGAGAGAACCAGGUGAUCAUCCGCAUGCGGGGAUUACCGUUUACUGCCACAGCUGAGCAGGUGCUGCAGUUCUUCUCUCCAUCAUGCCCAGUGACGGAUGGCACAGAGGGUAUACUGUUUGUGCGCUUCCCUGAUGGCAGGCCCACCGGGGACGCAUUUGUCUUGUUCUCCUGUGACGAGUAUGCAGAGAAUGCUCUGAAGAAGCACAAGGAAAUCCUGGGCAAGAGGUACAUCGAGCUGUUCAGGAGCACAGCGGCAGAGGUGCAGCAGGUUUUGAACAGAUAUUCUUCAGCUCCACUGAUUCCGGUGGCGCCCUCACCUAUCCUGCCCAUAGUGGCCCAGCCUGCGUUUGUGCCAUCAACAGUUGCUGCCAUACCUGGAACGAGGGACUGUCUGAGACUGAGAGGUCUGCCAUAUGACGCUACUGUUCAAGACAUCCUGCUGUUCCUAGGCGAAUACACAGCUGAUAUUAAACCACAUGGAGUACACAUGGUUCUCAAUCAGCAGGGCCGUCCAUCAGGUGAUGCGUUCAUCCAGAUGCGGUCGGCGGAAAGGGCGCAUGCCGCGGCUCAGCGCUGCCACAAGCGCAGCAUGAAGGAACGCUAUGUGGAGGUAUUCGCCUGCUCAGCACAGGAGAUGAACGUGGUGCUGAUGGGUGGCUCGCUCUCAAGGAGCGGCCUUUCGCCGCCACCAUGUAAGUUACGACGUCUCUCUCCUGCAUCUUACUCUUUCCCUCCUGCGGGGGCUGUACUUCCUGCUGGAGCAGUGCUUCCUGCAGGGGCAGUCCUUCCUGUGGAGGCAGCAGCUCUCUACCCCUCCCAGUUCCUGUUGAGUCCCCGCCCAAUAGCACCAGCUACGUUCUACCCAGCUAACAACCAGAUGUACGUAAACUACACAGCCUACUAUCCAAGCCCACCAGGCUCUCCACCCAAUGUGGGCUACUUCCCGGCAAGCACACACACACCUGGCUCUGUCCUCUCCAGCCCACAUGCAGCACUGAUCAGGAUGCAGGGCCACACCUCCACUCAUACCUAUAGCACCGGAGUAAAGGAAAUCCUCAGCAUGGUGCAGGCUUAUCAGCCCAGCAACAGUGAAGCCUUGGUUACUCUGCCCCCCCUGCUCUCAGCCAAACAACCUAUUGCAGAUCAGAGCCUCGGAGGAGGAGCCUAUCUGGACUUGCAGUUGAUAUAGACUGUGCCAGUCGUGAAGCCACAUCCCUUUAUUGUAAACGUUCGGCCCUCAGAAACAUAGCAUGUUUUGUCAUUCUAGCUAUUUAUGUGAACAUAUAAAAAGAAUAUAUUUGAAUUUUUGUAUAUAUUGCACACUUUUACUGCAGUAGUAUGAGUUGAGUAAUAUUCUGCUCUUAGACAAGUAGUAGUUUCUGUCUGAGAUAUUUGUGCCUUUGUUUUGAGUGUGUAUGUGUAUAUGUGUGUGUACAUGUUGGAAAGAAUAAUCGCUCAGGAAAAUGUUAAACCAGAAUGAGCUUUUUUGCCAUCUGCAUUGAAUCAAACUUUCUAUUAUUCAUUUUUCAGCCAAAUUGUUAGAAAAAGAGGAUAUCUUUCUGCAGAGAUCUCUAGGAGUGAGUGUGUUUGUGUGUGUUUGGCCCUGUCUUUACAGUCUUCACACACGCUGAUGUGAAUGUUUGCCUGCAUGUACGAGUGUUUGUGCCUUUAUCCCAGCCGAUGUGACUCUACAGUUAGUAUGUGGCAAUGCAUAUUAGAUUGCAUAUCCUCAAGCUUGACUCGACUUUUUUUUUUUUUUUAAGCUUCCAUGAUGAAGUUCAAAGAGCUAUGUAACAUGAAAUGUUUACAAGGUAUGCCACAUCUUUAUGCGUGGCAGAGUGCAGUAGGUUUGGAGCAUAGGUGUCGUCACUCACAGAAGUUGCUUUAAUCAUUUCGCCAAAAACCGUUCAGGGUCAGAAACAGGAACAACCAGUACUUACUGUACUCAAUGUGUGUGUGUGUGUGUGUGUGUGUGUGCGUGUGUGUGUGUAGCUGUUGUGCCUCAUCAUUUAAAUACACAAGUGUCAUCCUCAAUCAUUUGAUGGAGGAAUACUUGUACCAUUUAGUUUUAAUUGAUGUAAAUCUAUUGACUUUUUUUUAUGUAUGUGUGUAUGAGUGGGUGCAAUAAUCAGUGUGUGUACUUACUGUGCUCAACGAGUGUUUUGGGCCUACUGGAACAGACAUACACACAAAUGUAUUUCAAAUUAGCAAGUUUGUUUGUGCAUGUAAUGUGAUUUGAAUUACAAGCCUGUUUCAACGCACAGGUUUUUUUUUUUUUAAUGGCCAUGAUUCUCACAGCUUGUACUCACUGCUUUUUUUAGUAAAGAAUUUUUGAGUAUGCCUAGACUUUUAUAAGAUAUAGGAUUAAAAUAUUUUUCACUAAGAUGAUGCAACAUUUUAGCUCCACUGAGUUCCUUCCCAGACGUGCCAACAGGAAGUAGUACAGAAAGCACUACUUUAAUUAUAGCAGGAAAAUCUCAAUUUAUGCCACAUCAGAUGUCAGAUAUUUGUUUGGCUAUAAUGUUAUGGAGAAAGUGUUAUUUUAUUUUGGUAUUUUAUGUUAACUUAAAAAGAAAAAAAUAAAGAAAAAGUUAACAGCUGUA